AUGUCAAAGUUGAUUACUGUGUUUGGGGCUACUGGCAACCAAGGUGGCUCUGUCAUCAAACAUAUCCUCGCUGAUAGCCAGCUCUCUUCUGAGUUCAAGAUCCGUGGCAUUACUCGCGAUGUCAGCAAGCCUGCUGCCAAAGCACUUACAGACAAAGGAGUCGAAGUGGUUACUGUAAGCCAUUCUUGUCUCUCCUCAGGAAAUACCAAAGCUGACUUGACCACAAGGNCCGACAUGAACGACAAAGCCUCGGUUGCAAAAGCUAUCAAAGGCUCCCACACAGUCUUCCUCGUGACCAACUAUUGGGAGAGUGCAAGCCCUGAUGUUGAGCGCAGCCAAGGCAUCAAUGUCGCCGACGCAGCAAAGGAAGAAGAAAUCCAGCACCUCAUCUUCUCCUCUCUGAUCAACGUCACCGAAGCCACUGGAGGAAAGCUCCAACACGUGCCUCACUUCGAUUCAAAGAACGACAUUGAGAAGCACAUUCGCAACACUGGUAUCCCCUGUACGUUUAUGCUGGCAGGCUACUUCAUGUCCAACUUCAGCAGCCAAUUCAACAAAGCCGAAGAUGGCAUCUACAACUGGGCCCUUCCAAUCAGCGAAACCGCCCAAUUCCCUCUCUUCGACGCCUCCGAAGACACCGGCAAAUUCGUCAAGGCGAUUCUCAAAAAUGCUGAUAAGUUGAAUGGCAAACAGGUUCUUGCUGCCACCGCUUACUACACCCCAAAGCAGAUCGUUGCAGACUUUGAAGAGGCUUCUGGACACGAGAUUAGAUAUAUUCAGAUCUCGGGUGAUCAGUUCAAGUCUUAUUUGCCAGAGUUUAUGGCAGAGGAAAUGCUUCAGAACCAUAUCUUGCUAGAUACUACUGGCUAUUAUGCUGGUGCUAGCUUGGAUGACAGUCUGAGUCUGCUCGAGGAGAAGCCUGUUACUUGGAAGGAGUUUGUCAAGAAGAGCGGUAUCUGGUGA